AUGUCUCCAGAACCGGCACGCAACUCUGAUCUGACAGGACCUGCCUUUACCUACACAGAGGUCCCGUUAGAAUCCCCACAUUCAACUACUCGCAUGAUACGCCUUCUGCCGAAUAAAGAUAAAGAUGCAGAAAUCGAAUGCGAACUCUUCAACUAUGACUUAACGUCAGGCGGCGGCGCGGAUUCGCACCUCUACGAGGCCCUUUCCUACGUAUGGGGAAGUAACACGAGAUCUCGAACAAUUGUAUUGAACAGCUGCGUGUUCCCCGUAACGGAAAACCUCUACUUUGCGCUGUCACGUCUCCGAAAUCGGCAGCUUGGGAGAGUACUGUGGGUUGAUGCGAUUUGCAUCAACCAGGAUGAUCUAAACGAGAAGACCGAGCAGAUCCCACUUAUGCGGACGAUAUAUGCACAGGCCCAACAUGUCACUGUUUGGCUUGGAGAGGCUUAUGAAGAUGGUGACAAAGCGCUUGAAGCCCUUCGCUGCCUAGCGGAAGGGCAGGAUGUAGAUAUUAGGGGGUGUGGGGCACUAUGUGUGAAGUUGUUCGAAAGAGCUUGGUUUCGCCGUAUUUGGGUACUUCAGGAAGUUGGUGUCGCACGGCAUAUCUAUAUUAUGUGUGGCUCUGCGCAGAUAAACGGACAUGCUUUUUGUGAAGGCCUCAAGAAAUUGGAUCGUCUUCUGGAUUGUCAAGAAAUGAUAGGCUCAGUCGCGUUUCUUAUCAAGGGGGCGCUUCUCCGGCCAAAGUAUGAGCCUGGAUCACGAGGAACUUUUACUAUUGGGGAGCUUGUUGGCAUGUACUGCUACCACAAUGCUACCGAGCAGCAUGACAAAAUAUUUGCACUUCUAGGUUUAAGUGCUGACCCUAUCACACCCGCUCUAACGCCGAACUAUGCCCUACCCUGGUACGAGGUGUUCAAGCAAGUUACCAAUCACAUUUUUCCAGGAUGUUCUGUGGAGACAUGGCCUGAAUCAGAUAUAGCCAUUAUCAAAGGCAGAGGCUGGACUCUAGGCUAUAUUCGCUCUGUACAACACGUAUCAGACUUCGGCCAUCAAAAAGUGAAAAUGUACUUGAAUGACACUGCCCGCUCAAUCGGGUAUCAGAGUAACUGGGAUGGUUGGGAACUCCAGACAUUUGCACAGUUCUUCAAUCCUGGUGAUGUUAUUUUCCUUCUACAAGGGGCUUCGAGACCAAGUAUCAUUAGGCUCUGCAGAGACCAUUUCAGGAUAGUCACACCUGCCGUGACCCUUUGCAAAACGCGUCCUAGAGAGUCUCUAGGAGGAGAAUCCGAGGAUUGGCAUGCACAGGGUAGACCGAGUGACAUCCUAUUGGCGUGGAGGUUUCCUCUGAACAAUAACACUAGGCUUCAAUGCUGGCCCAAAGCAGAGCUCCUCGAUAUGGUCCUAGCCUAUCAAGAACAGUCCUUGGAGGCGGAGUAUAGUCGAAAGUAUAUUACCAGGAUUAUGACAGGUAUUUUCAUGGAAGCAUUCGAUGUAAAAAAGCCAGAAUAUGAGGAUAUAGCGCACCUUCUCAUCUCCAGUGGUACAGAUGUUUCAACUGCUUCAGAGUUGACUAAGGCUUGUGCAGACGAUUUUGAAUACCCUCCUUCCAGGAUUAUGCGAAAAUUCUUUCAAAGUGGGCAAGACGAUCUGUCAAUUUCUGAGGAAAUGGUCAAAGCAGUGGCAGAGAAUAAAGGACCAUGUGGCUAUAUAAUUAUGGAGCUCCUUUUCCAGCUUCAAGGGUCCAGUCUUCCCAUCUCUGAAGAAGUGGUUGAGGCAGCAGCAGGAAACUCUGGAAGGUAUGGAGAUCAGGUUCUGAAGGCUAUCUAUCGCCACCGUGGAGAGUCCUUCCCGGUUUCCAAAGAGGUGGUCAGGGCGGUGGCAGGGAAUACUGGAGGAAAGGCAACCAAGAUAUUGAAAUUCCUCUUCAAAGCACGAGGGAAAGCCCUUCCAGUCUCUGAAGAAGUACUCAAAGUGGCAGCAGGAAAUUAUAAUAAGGGAUAUAAGAUUAUGAACUUACUUUUUGUACAGAAAGGGGGAAGACUUCCAGUGACUGAAGAAGUGGUCAAGAUAGCAGCAGGGAAACCCGAAGGAUAUAUGCUACUAAAAUUACUCAUUCCGCAUAGAGGGGAAAGCAUUCCUAUCUCUGAGAAAGUGGUCAAGGCAGCAGCAGGAAAUGGGGACAGUGGGCGUGAAGUUAUAGAGCUUCUUUUCCAACAGGAAGGAGGGAAACUUCCAGUGACUGAAGAAGUGGUUAAGACAGCAGCAGGGAAUGGGGACAGUGGGCGUGAAGUUAUAGAGUUUUUUUUCCAACAGGAAGGGAGGAAACUUCCAGUGACUGAGGAAGUGAUUAAGACAGCAGCAGGAAAUGUUUGGCUUGGACAUGAGAUCAUGAAAAUAUUCUUUCAACAGAAAGGGGAAAGGCUUCCAAUCUCAGAGGAAGUGAUUAAGGCAGCAGCAGGAAAUAAGGUCAGUGGGCGUGAAGUUAUGGAGCUCCUUUUCCAACAGGAAGGGGGGAAACUUCCAGUCUCUGAGGAAGUGAUUAAGGUAGCGGCAGGAAAUUCAACAUCUGGGAGUAGGGUGCUGGAAGUACUCUUCCAACAAAAAGGGGAAAGACUUCCAGUGACUGAGGAAGUGGUCAAGAUAGCAGCAGAUAAUGGGGACAGUGGACAUGAACUUAUGGAGGUCCUCUUCCAACAGAAAGGGGAGAUGCUUCCAAUCUCAGAAGAAGUGGUUAAGGCAGCAGCAGGAAAUGUUUGGCUUGGACAUGAGAUUAUGAAAAUAUUCUUUCAACAGAAAGGGGAAAGACUUCCAAUCUCAGAGAAAGUGGUUAAGGCAGCAGCAGGAAAUAAGUACUAUGGAUAUCAUGCCAUGGAGUUACUCUUUCAACAAAGAGGGGAAAAACUUCCAGUCACUGAAGAAGUGGUCAAGACAGCAGCAAUGAAUAAGACACUGGGAGUUAAAAUCUUGGAAUAUCUCCUGCAACAGAAAGGGAGAAGCGGACUUCCAGUGACCGAGGAAGUACUCAGAGCAGCAGCGGAGAAUACUAAAUGCGGAGCAAAGAUCCUGGAAAUUUUGCAGCCGGAAAGAAGCCUUCAGACGACGGUUACUGAAAGUCCAGGAAGCUCGGAAAGUUCGCUGUCAUCGGAUGAAUCGGACGAAGAAGAUUAA